CACACCGCGGAGCAGCGCGCCAAGAGCAAGCGCAAGAAAAGUAACUAAAAGAGACGAUUUGAGCCGAAAAAACGUGCUGAAAGUCGUCUGGUGUUGGAGAUUGGCGUCUUUCCGUGCCCGCGCUGUCUCCUCGCGCACGGAGAGCAAUUUUUACCGGAGGUGAGACUCCCACGAGUUCAGCCAAGGGCGACGGGCAAGGUGUUGAUCAGUCAUGCCGGACGACAUGUCUGCCCCCCUGAUCCGGGACCGGGGCCCCGGAGGAGACUCCUCCGCCUCCUCCGAGCCCGGAUCCCCGCUGAUCGGCAUCCUGGGGACCGGGGACUUCUCCCGGUCUCUGGCCCGGAGGCUGCUGGCGUCCGGUUACCAGGUGGUGGUGGGCAGCCGGAACCCCAAGCGGUCCGCGCCGCUGUUCCCCGAGGAGGUGGAGGUGACGUCCCAGGCGGAGGCGGCCCGCCGGGCCGACCUGGUGUUCGUGGCGGUGUUCCCGGAGCACCACUCCACGCUGGCGGCGGCGGGGGCGGGGCUGGGCCCGGCGCUGGCCGGGAAGACGCUGGUGGACGUGAGCAACGGGCUGCAGGCCCGCCGGGACCGGGACGGGGACGGGGAGGGGGACGGGGAGGGGGACGGGGAGGGGCCGUCGCACGCCGAGCGGCUGGCCGCCCUGUUCCCCGACAGCACCGUGGUCAAGGGCUUCAACACCGUGUCGGCCUGGGCGCUGCAGGCCGGGCCGCGGGACGGCAGCCGCCAGGUGCUGCUGUGCUCCGACUGCCCCUCCGCCAAGCGCUCGGUGAAGCGAAUCUGCCGUCGUCUGGGCUUCACGGCGGAAGACGCCGGCCCGCUGUCGGCCGCCCGGGAGGUGGAGGACCUCCCGCUGCGCCUCUUCCCGGCGUGGCGCCGCCCGGCGCUCUGCGCCGCCGCCCUGCUGGCCUUCUUCUACCUCUACAACGCGCUGCGCGACGUGGUGCAGCCGCUCCUCCUGGCCACCGGGGGGAGCCAGAAGAGGAGCCCUCUCUAUAAACUCCCGGUGGAGACGCUGAACGCCUCACUGCCGUGCGCGGCGCUGGCGAUGCUGGCGCUCGUGUACGCCCCCGGGCUGGCCGCCGCCGCGCUGCAGCUGCGCCGCGGCACCAAGUACCGGCGCUUCCCCGCCCGGCUGGACGCCUGGCUCCGCGCCAGGAAGCAGCUGGGCUUGUGCGCGUUCACGUGCGCGGCGCUGCACGCCGUCUACAGCCUGCUGCUGCCGCUCAGGAAGUCGGCGCGGUACAAGAUCGUCAACAUGGCGCUGAAGCAGGUGGCGGAGGGGGCGGAGCUCUGGGACGAGGCGGAGGUGUGGCGGAUGGAGCUGUACCUGUCGGCGGGCGUGGCCGCUCUGGGCCUGCUCAGCCUGCUGGCCGUGGCGUCGCUGCCGUCGGUGUCCGGCGCCGUCAACUGGAGGGAGUUCAGCUUCGUGCAGUCGACGCUGGGCUACUGCGCGCUGGCGGCGGCCACGGCCCACACCCUGCUGUACGGCUGGGACCGCGCCUUCGACCCCGCCCAGUACCGCCUCUACCUGCCCCCCACCUUCGUCCUGGCCGUGACCCCGGCGCUGGCCGUCCUGGCGGGCCGCCUGGCGCUGGCGGCGCCCUGCGCGGCCCGCCGCCUCCAACGAAUCCGCCGCGGCUGGGAGAGCGGCCGCAACAUCCGCUUCGUCCUGCCGGAGGACGAGGACGGCGGCCGGAGCGACAGCAGCAGCGUGUGAAGCGAGAGAGCGGCAUCGGGCGAGACAGGUCAACAGCAGCCUUGAUAAUCUCUAAAUACCAAUUUUCAUUAUUUUUAACUCGUUUUUGAUGAUAAAAGGACUUUUAAUUUGAAGGAAUUUUGGGCUUCUAUUUUGGAAAGGUAGUCCAUGCUGUCAUUAACACUCAUCAACCCAUAAUGAUCCUUUUUUUGGUUUUAAAUGUAGGUUUUAACAAAAACUUGAAUUUUAUUUUGAAGGAAUUUUGGGCUUUUAUUUUGGGAAAGGUUCGUGCUGUCAUUAGCAAUGAUCAACCUGUAAUUACCCAUUAUUUUUUAGUUUUAAAUUUAGUUUUGUAGCAAAAAUGUGACUUUUAUUUUGUAGAAAUUUUGGGCUUUUAUUUUGGACAGGUCCAUGCCAGCAUUAGCACUGAUCAACCUGUAAUUAUCCAUUAUUUUUUGGUUUUAAUUUAUUUAUUUAUUUUUUUUAACAAAAAUUGGACUUUUGUUUUGAAGGAAUUUUGGGCUUUUAUUUUGGAAAGGUAGUACAUGCUAUCAUUAACACUCACCAACUUGUAAUGAUACUGUUUUUGGUUUUAAAUGCAACUUUUAACAAAAUUUUGACUUUUAUUUUGAAAUGGCUUGACACUCUUGUUUUGACAGCAAGCAAAACCCAUCCCUAGCUAAUGGCGAAAUCUGUUUGUUUUUUUUUGGUUUUAGCUUGAUUUCAUGAUCAAAGGACUUUUAUUUUGAAGGAAUUUUAUGCUUUUAUUUUAGAAAGGUAGUACAUGUUAUCAUUAACACUCAAAAACCCGUACUGAUCCAUUUUUUGGUUUUAAAUGCAAUUUUUAACAAAAUUUUGACUUUUAUUUUGAAGGGGUUUUGGGCUUUUAUUCUGGAAAGGUAGUUUGUGCUGUCAUUAACACCGAUCAACCCAGUGAUUCUUUUUUUAUUUGGUUUUAGAUUAAGUUUUUAAGAAAAAAUUAGACUUAUUUUGAAGGUGUUUGAGGCUCUUGUUUUGACAGCCAUCCUUUACUGUUGUCAUUGUGAAAAAAGAUUAUUUUGAAGGAGUUUUUAUCUUUUAUUUUGAAAUUAAUGAAUGGCUAAUUGCUACAAUGUGAUGUAAAAAGCUUUUAAGAGUCACUGAAUGAAGGAACUGAGCUGCUCUCAGCUGAAUGAUGUCAUCACUCUACUCCCAUAUAUGGUCAUGAGGGGGACGUGGAGCUAAAGUGAGUCAGCAGAAAAACAAAUUGUCCGCAGACUCUUUAAUUUUGGGCAAAAAUUAUAAAAAAAAUGUGUAACUUCUGACACAAAAAUUAAUUAUCUUUCCGUCUGAGAGACUUUGAGAGCAUUUGGAGUUUUAGUUUUGACAGGAGAACCCUCAGUUUGGGAAUAGCGCGAAAUGCUCUCUCCCACUCUAACAUCAUGUCCCCCUCAUGACCAUAUAUGGGCGUGGAGUGAUGACAUCAUUCAGCUGAGAGCAGCUGUAAGUCACACUGGCAGUUCUUCAAUUCAGUGGCUUUUAAAAGUUUUACAUAGAAUUUUAGCCAUUAGCAAGUCAUUCCUUUCAAAAUAAAAUAAAAAAAAAUUCCUUCAAAAUAAGAAUCAUUGCUCACAAAGAAAAAAAAAAACCAGUAAAAACCAAAAAAAAAUAGUGGAUAUUUUGGCAUUAGCUGGAGCAGGGGAGAGCUGGCUGUCAAAAUAAGAGCCUCAAACCCCUUCAAGAUAAGUCAACUUUGUUAAAAUUUGCAGUUAAUAAAAAAAAAAAAAGGAUAUUUCGAGGUUGAUCGAUGUUAACGAUAGCAUGCCCUAACAUUCCAAAAUAAAAGGCCAAAAUUCCUUCAAAAUAAAAGCCUUUUUAUCAUCAAAAAAGACUUAAAAUCAUGAAAUUGGGUAUUUAGGGAGUAGCAAGGCUCCUGGUGAUCCGGAUUUCAGUUCGGCUCGGUCCAAACUGAUGCCGCUUGCAGCUUUAAUUUAUUUCUUUUAUUUAUUUUUAGAUAACAGCAGCACAAAUCAGCUGUGAUCUUUUCAAAAAUUUCAAUUAAAAAAAUCUAUUUCUGUUCAAUUAAAUACAGUAUUUAAUAAUUUACUGACUAAGCUGCACAUUGUAGUUGUUUUCUUAUAGAAAUGCAGAUUUUUUUUCCUUUUAAAGUGCUAGUUUUUUUAUGUGUUGUGCAUUUUAUUGGGAUGAGUAUCGUCAUGAAAUAAUCAAACUUUCCAAUUGUGAAACGUUUAUUGUAAAAAAACAACAAAACAAAAAAAAAACAAAAAUCAAACACUAAACUCCACAUUUGAUAUUUUUUUAUACACUUUUUAUUCAACAAAAUACAAUUUUUUGACUAAAAUCAAACCAAAUAAUUAAAUCUGAUUUUCACUUUUUAAUUAGUUUAGCCUUAAAAAGAAGAUAUAGUUAAAUAUAUGAAGCAGGAAACAUGAUGAAUUCAGUUAUUUAGAUGUUUUUGUUGCAAUUAAAACAACCAAAGGUGGUAAAAAUGGACUAAUUACACUUUUAUUUUGGUGAUCUGAGUCAUAUAAAGGACAUUUAACAUUUAUUUUGUUAAAAAAUCAUGACUUACAUUUUGGCAAUUUUUUUUUCCAUACUGACAUUCAUUAUCAGUAUAAUGAAUGUAAAGCGUCGCUACGGAUGUGAGGAUAAAGCGGAAUAAAGAAUGUUUUCUACA